AUUUCAAAAUGUGUUAUGUUAUUCAAUAACAAUCUAGCACGAAAAUCACUUUAAACUAAUUAUUUUUAAUUAAAACGUAUAUAAAAUGUUUUCAAUACGCUCUGCAUUGCCAUGCAGAAGACAAUUGGCGCUGAUGAUGUCUAACUUAAGCCGACACGCUCAUGUGCAGUCCAGCUGCGGAUAUGCUGCCUGGUCGAGAGCAACAUUGCACAGCCCACAACUAAAACAACAAAAACAACAGCAGCACAGAUGGUUGGCAACACAAACUGCUGCUGGUAAGGAUUCCGAAGCCGGCAAUCUAAAGCGCAUCUAUUACGGAACACUGGCGCCGCGCAUGAAGAUCGUGAAGCUUUUUUCAUUGACCACCAGCUUGGCUGGAUUGGCAGCGCAGCCCAUUCUCCUGGAACAGGGCAUGAAAAUCGGAGGAACCGGAAUGGCUGUUUUCCUAUGCACCAUAGGUGGCUUCUUUACCUUUGUGACGCCUUUGUUGCUUCACUUCAUAACCAAAAAAUAUGUCACUGAGCUGCACUACAAUCCCGUAACGGAGGAAUACACCGCCACGACGAUAUCCCUUUUAUUGUUAAAGAUCAAAACAACGUUUCGACCAAGCGAUGUUACCGUGCCCGAGGUUCCUGGUAUGUUUACCUCGUUUCUGGUGAAAAAUCGCCCACUUUUCGUUGACCCAGCUCUGUUUGAUGAUCCCGAGCACUAUGUACGCAUUAUGGGCUAUGAUAAGCCUAUAGACUUUAAAUUGAAUUUGAAGUCAGAAACGGAGCAGAAGCAGAAAUAACGAAAUAAAUUUACGAUUUAUAGUUGAUAUUUGUUACAAAUCACUUUUGGCUACCAUAAAGCUAUUUAAACUUCAA